AAAGAAAAAACUUCUCCGCCACUCCACCGCUCCAGUCUCCUCCCGUCGCCACCGCCGGCGACGGCGGCGCGAAGCCUGGUUGCUUCUCCCAGCAGCUCGCCGGCGGCUGCUCCCCCACCCCCCUCCCCCAUCAGAUUAAUCCUCUCUUGUCGCCCGCCGCUGGCUAGUGCAUUCGUUCAGCCCUAGUAGCUUGUCAAGGGGAAUUCGGAGAAGAAACCGAGCGGGUCUACAAAUUUCUCCAGCAAGUACCAAACUUUUGGGCCCUUGAUACCCGUGUCGUUCGUGGACUCGGAUUUGCUUCACCUAUUCGAAUUCGGAGGCCUCCAGGAUUGGUGAUCUAUAUAAGUGUAGGCAGGAGACUGCCUUUCCUCUCUGUGCUCCAUCCAAGUUACUGAAGAAAUUCGCCAGGUUUGUCCAAGCAUCGGGUCUCUGCAACUAACGGAGUUAUUGAAGAAAUUUGUCUGGUCUGUCCAAGCAUCAGGUCUUUGCAACUAAGGGAGUCAUUGAAGAAAUUUCUCUGGUCCGUCCAAGCAUCAGGUCUUUGCAACUUAGGGACUUACCCAGGAGCGUGCCUUGGCUCUGUUACUGAAGAGCUUUGUCUGUUUGGCCGAAGUUCCAAAUCUUGGCAGAGAGACCCUGAUCCCAUGGAGUUAUGUAGCGUUGCCUCGAUAAUGAGCUUAGGGAGUCUAGCUAUACAGCGCACAUAUUUGUGCUCCCUAGUCAUCAGAGCUUUGCCAAAACUGCUAGGCAGUUCACUGAAGAAAUUCUGCAACGAUGUUCAUCCAGCACUAACCGAGACUAUCAUGGGCACAUUACCAGAACUACCUCAGGACGUCUUGAUGGAUAUCUUUGCCACCCUUGAAAUCCCUGACCUCAUACGUGCCGGCGUGGUCUACCCGUCUUGGCACUCUGCAUAUACCAGCCUACAAAACCUUGGGCUGUAUAAACUAUCUCAGACGCCGUGCCUCCUCUAUACUUCUGAAUCUGCUGGUGAUAACUCUGCUUACCUCUACAGCCUCAGUGAAAAAAGAUCGUACAAGUUAACUCUUCCGGAUCCACCUCUCCGCACUAGGUGUUUGAUAGGGUCCUCUCAUGGCUGGCUGAUUACUGUUGAUGAAAGAUCUGAGAUGCAUCUUGUCAAUCCGAUCACAUGUGAACAGAUUUCUCUACCUUCAGUGAUCACCAUCGAGCAUGUGACGCCCAUCUUUGAUGAGUGCGGUCUUCUACACAAGUAUGAACUGUCGUGGCACGCUGGAAUAUAUGAUGCUUUUGACCCGCCAUCUAUUUAUGAUCUUGACAAGCUGCGAGACGAAUUCCAGCUUAAGGCGUUUGUGUUCGAUGAUACAUCCACAGGAAGCUAUAUUGUGGUGCUCAUCCACAAUCCAUUGCGUCAGCUAUCUUUUGCAAAGGUGGGGGCUGAUAAAUGGACCUGGCUGCCACCUUAUGAUGUCUAUGACGACUGCACUUACAAAAAUGACAUAUUGUAUGCUGUGAGAUCAACUGGAGAUAUUCAUGCUUUUGAUCUUAGUGGACCUGUUGUCACAAUGAAGAUGAUUACGGGGACAUCUGACUGUGUUUCAACUGGUAGUUCGUACAUUGUUCAAGACCCAUGGGGUGGUCUACUGGUCAUCUGUAGAAUAUUUGAGGAUUAUGAAUUUCUACGUGAUCGGGCACCUGUGUUUUGGAAGACAGAUGAAAUUAAUAUGUAUGAAGUUGAUAUGGUGGCAAGUGAACUCAAGGAAAUCAAUUGCUUGAAUGCCCAUGCGUUAUUUCUUGGGCAUAAUCAAUCACUGUGUCUCAGUGCUAAAGAAUAUCCAUCUCUCAAAGCAAAUCAUGUCUACUUCACUGAUGAUAGUUUUUUCUGGACAAUUGGAUUGAAGAAUAAUCACCGUGAUAUGGGAAUUCUCAACUUGGAUAAUAACAGAAGGGAGCACCUUAUAUUACCUCAGCUUUGCUCCAACUUUCCAGCUCCUAUUUGGAUUACACCUAAUCUUAGAAGGCUGAAGUUGGCAUCAGAGGCUGCUUGAAAAUGGUUGAUGGGCUCAAUGAGCUAACAGUCAGGUGGUUUUCUAGGUUAUUGUGUUUCCUAGAGAGAGUCAUGGACUCAAGGACCACGUGGAUUGCGUGACGGCAUCAUGGUUUCUUGACCCUAGUACAUAAACACCUAGUUUGGACCUAGAUGGCUCUGAAUAAAUAGUUGUGUGCUGUUAUUUGGUUGUAAAAGUUGACUUUUUCGAUUGUAUUCCUUGGCAAUGCUAAUGCGAAUUUCUUAUCUUAGCAAGUCGGUACAAAUUGUUUGUUCUUCAUUAUUCAGGAAUAUCCAAACGAGCUUGUAAUCUCUAGUUCUGUACUCUACUAUAAUGUUCAAAAUAUCCAUGUUACUCUA